AUGUUUUCAAGGGUCAAAUUCACUUCAAAAACUAGUCUAUUUGGUAUCAGAUCUUUACACAACUUUACUCAACCAAAGUCAAUCUCUCAAGCUCAAUUGAUCAAAUCUAUAGAGACAUCCAUAAAGCAAAAUCACCCAAGACAACCUUUCUUCAAAUCUUUAGUUCAAAUCACUUCAAUAAUAGUGAUAUCCGCUAUAAGUACAGUUGGUGUUUAUUCUGCAUAUCAAGUUGCUUAUAAAAAAGAUAAAGCAUUUAUCCCACUAUGGAUAAAUUCUCAUAAAAGAAGUCCAAAACCUGGGGAAAUUGAUCUAAAACAAAUUCAAGAACUUGCUGAAGGUCAACUAUUGGAAAGGUUAUCCCUAGAUGAACAAAUCAAGCAAAUUUUUAAAUUGCCCUUAAUUCAAGAAAGUUGCUCAGAAUUUGAUGUUUGGAUUGAAGAGAAAUAUCCAAGUUUAAAAGGUUUACAAAUAUCACCAGAUUCUCCCUUCUUGAAAAUAACCAACAAACCCAUCAAGGUUAAGAAAAUAUUCGAUCAGAUCUUGGAACCUGUUGGUGGAGCACUCUCUGGUGAGCCUGAUUUUAAAAUACCGGUUUAUAAUCAACAUCCAAAUAAAGAGAAGAGUUAUGAUAUAGUGUUUUUAGGUAAGGUUCCAAUUAGAGGUAAAAAUGGUACAACUGCAGAGGUUGUAUUCAAAGGUAUAUUUGAUUUUGAACACGUUAAGCAUGCCAAAAUUUUAAAAGCUCAUCUUAUUGAAAAAGAUAAAGAUGGGAAACUAUCAAGAAAAAUUCUAUGGGAAUGA